AUCAGUAGAACCUUUCGACUUGGCUCGCUGAAACUCGAAAUCAUUAUUUGUCAACCACUGGAAAAAACAGUUAGCUGGUGGUCAGAUUGUACGACAAGUUGGCGUGAGAAGUGGUCCUGCGUUCGCGACGAACGAAACCAGUUAAGGGAGGAGCUUCGACGAACUAAAUUGGCCCUGGCAGCUCUACAGAGACAAAACGAAGAAAUUCUAAACCGACUCCAACAGUGCAGUUUAAAAGCCCACGACAUCUCAACCACGUCGGUGUCGUUGUGUCGUGUGUGGGAUUUGCGGGUGUUCAUACAGGCGCUAACAUCGAGACCUAGGUGUAGGGAUACUCUAAGAUAA